AAGGUUGACUUUAGCGUAUAAAAGCGAUAAUCGCAUUUAUUUUGGCAUCAGUCUCACAAGUUCUCUAGUCAGACAAUCAAAUCAGAGUCCAAAUCAAAAUGUUCAAGAUCCUGCUUGUCUGCGCCCUUGCCGCCCUUGUGGCCGCUAACGAGAAUGCCGAGGUCAAGGAGCUGGUCAAUGAGGUGAAUCCCGAUGGCUUCAAGACAGUGGUGUCCCUGAGCGACGGUUCUGCCUCCCAGGCCAGCGGCGAUGUGCACGGCAACAUUGAUGGCGUCUUCGAGUGGGUCUCCCCCGAGGGUGUCCACGUUCGCGUCGCCUACAAGGCCGAUGAGAAUGGCUACCAGCCCUCUAGCGAUCUUCUGCCCGUCGCCCCACCAAUCCCAGAGGCCAUCCUGAAGUCUCUGGCUUGGAUCGAGGCCCACCCCAGCAAGGAAUAGGCGCAUACUCGACUCUGACUUCGGAACGUCUCGGAACAGCAAGUUUGGACUCGGAAUUUCCUUAGUUACUGCUUCUUAGUUAGGAUCCGAACAGCAUGAUGUAAAAAUAAAUACAAUUAUCUGAGCUGAAAUAUAA